AUGGCAUCAACAUAUACCUAUUCAUUCCUCCGCGUCUCCAAAACCGACAAUAUCGAAGCGUCAUCCCAGGAAUACCGAGACCUACGCUUAAACGCAUUAAAAGCCUCACCGGGCUCAUUCGCAUCAACCUACGAAACUGAAUCCCUCUUCACAGACGCCCACUGGAAAAAACUCAUCACAGUCCCCGAUCGCGAAGUCUUCAUCUGUGUCGCAACACCAGUCCACGACCAAUCGCAAACAAAAUGGAUCGGCCAAGUCACUCUACGAGGACCCAUCUCUAAAGCAGACUUCAUCUUACCAGAAGAAUCAGGCCAACCAGCGCAGAAACCCGACGACGAAGAAGAAUGCUGGCAGAUGCUAAGCCUUUUUACAUUGCCCGAUCAUCGUGGCCAUGGACUAGGCGCCAAACUUUGUCAGAAUGCACUUGAUUAUCUUCGGUCAUAUCGAGCUUCUCCGCAGGGAAUCCAGGUGCGGCUUAUGGUUAAGCCGGAGAAUCAUGUUACCGUUAAUCUGUAUAAGCGUCUUGGAUUUGAUCUUGUUGGAAGGGCGACCCUUGUUGAAGCUCUCAUUGCGAAUGGUGAUGAGCAUCUUUUGCCGGAUGAUCGGAGUUCUGCUAAAUGGUCGGAUCGGACGGGGUUGAUUAUGAUUUUGAGGAUGGGUCGUUUAUAG